ACUGACUUUAUGAGUGAACAUUUUUGUUAUUAUAAAUAAUAAUACAUAAGUUGAUAAUUUUUAUAUCAGAAUUUUACGCCAACGCGCGUAAUCUGUAUAGGAGUUAAAUUGAAAAGUUUGUAACGCACUAAUACACGAAUACUGUGAGAAACACGAUAGCCAUAUACAUAACGAUUGACGUUGGCAUUCAUUAUUUAGGGGGCCGAUCCCAGUAAGUUUCUUGGUAGAUUGACAGAAUCGUUAAGAUGGCUGAUAUUAAAGAAUCUCCGCCGCUUUUCGACUCAAACGAGGCAAAAGUUGAUGAUUUGGACGAUGAUGAUGAGGAUAUUUUUGCAUCAGCUGUACAAGACCAGAGUCAGUUGGAAGAUACAUCUCCCUACAAUGGGAUUUCGACAGCGCAAGCAGAAUUACCAAAGUUGACACUGCGAGAUGCGCCCGAAGAAAAUUCAUUCUCUUCUGUGUCAAGUCCUGCACCAGGACCCUUAAGUCCACCAUUAGGUCCAAUGGGUAGCGACAUAGGUGACCUUCACGAUGUACCCAUAAAUGAUAAUGCAGAUGUUUUAUCAACAAACAUUAUCCAAAGCCAAUCGGUGGAUGAGGUAGCAGCAGAUUCAUCUGAUGUAUUCUUGAAAAUUACAGUAACUUCUCCUCAGAAAAUUGGAGAUGGUAUGGGGGCUUAUGUUGCUUACAAAGUUGAAACCAAAACAAAUAUGCCAAUAUUUAGAAAACGAAAUUUCAGUGUCAUUAGACGCUUUAGUGAUUUCCUUGGUCUCCAUGACAAAUUGACUGAUAAAUACCUUAGAAGUGGUAGAAUAAUUCCUCCUGCUCCAGAAAAGAGUGUUAUUGGAACAACUAAGAUUAAGAUGUCAGGCGAUAAGAGUCAGGAGCAGAAUAACAGCUCUACAGAAUUUAUUGAAAAACGCAGAUCUGCACUUGAAAGAUACUUAAAUAGAACUGCAGCUCAUCCAGUGCUUAGUGUUGAUCCUGAUUUCAGAGAAUUUUUGGAAGCAGAUAUGGAAUUACCUAAAGCUACCAAUACAUCUGCACUUAGUGGCAAAGGAGUACUGAGACUCUUUAACAAAGUCGGAGAAACUGUAAACAAGAUAACGUACAAAAUGGAUGAAACUGAUAAGUGGUUUGAAGAAAAGACUUCACAAAUUGAUUCUCUUGAUAUACAAUUACGUGCACUACAUUCCGCUGUUGACACUUUAAAUAAUCAGAGAAGAGAAUUAGCGACGUGUACCGGUGCAACAGCAAGAUCUAUUGCUGUUCUUGGUCAUGGAGAACCAGGUGCAUCUUUAGGAAGGGCAUUAGCUCAGCUGGCUGAGACUUUGGAAAAAAUAGAAGUGGUUAGAAAAGCACAAAGCAAUAGCGAUCUCUACCAAUUUGGAGAAAUGUUAAGAGAUUAUGUCGCGCUUAUUGGAGCAAUAAAGGACGUAUUCCAUGAGCGGGUAAAAGUUUUCCAAAAUCGGCAACAUGCUCAAAUGAUAUUAAAUAAAAAGCGGGAGCAAAAAGCAAGGCUAGAACAAUCCGGUAGAACUGACAAAACAAGUCAAGCUGCUACCGAAGUUAUUGAGUGGGAAGCAAAAGUUGACAGAGGUCAAGAAGAAUUCGAUAAUAUCUCGAAAAUGAUUAAAAAAGAAGUUGAGCGAUUCGAGUUGGGACGAGUAGAAGAUUUUAAAAAGCAGUUAACAGAAUAUUUAGAAUCCAUGUUGCUACACCAAAAUCAAAUCAUUAAAUUUUGGGAGAGCUUUUUACCCGAAGCUCGAGCUGUUGCAUGAACAUUCCCGAAGUAAUCUCGAAAUGUUUUUUAUUAUAACAAGAUGAAAUCUUCAGCAGGAGAUCGUUUCCGUACAUGUUGGAGUCAAGUUUUUGAAUGAUGAAUGAUAUCUUGCAAGAUGCAUAUAUAAUUUAUCGAUAUGCACUACAACAACAAUAUUCGGAUCGUAGAUUCAAGAAACCGACUGUUUAUGCGAACAAAUAAUUUAUGUACAAUAAUUUUGGAAUACUGCCAGUGCUUUUACAAAUUCGAAAGCGACAAAGUAUAUGGCAUAUUUCAUGGAAAUUUCUAGAUAUUCAUUUCAUGCCAAUUAUCUUUCACUACAUCGUGCGUUUAUUACCUUCUUAUUAUUAGCUUAUAUUAGAAGUAUAUAACGCAUAAUACGGUUUGUUAAAAAUGUUUUACAUGAUAAUAAAAAUUGAUUAAGAUUGUAUAAAUAGAGAGCAUUAAAUAACUAUUUGUUGAAACAAA